AUGAUGGAGAAUAAUAGAAGAGCAUCGAAAGAGAAAAAGCAUCCGCGAGUACCAAUCAAGACCUACAGGUGGGAGGACGUGAGAAGAUCUCGAAAAAAAGGAGGCUAUCCAUGGACCUAUCUCUACAAGCAACCACUCGGUGAGGCCAUGGAUCCCCCACCGAAUCAAAUAGAAACCAAGGUGGAGGAGAGAGAGACAGAAAGAGAAAGAGAGCCUUCUGAAUGGGAGGAGUUGAUGCUAGAAGAGGCAGAGACUAUCGAAGACAUCCACGAGCUAUCAGACACUCCGGGGCAUCUGAAAAACAGCAGUAGUUCACUGGGAGUUAGCGGGAGUUUCUUGGACGAGAAGAGUCAAAGGGCUGGGAUAUUUUUUCUAGACUCAGCUGAGAGCUCGGAUGAUAUCAGCCAGUACCUAGACAAAGAUGAACCCACUACUGUCAGAGGAAGAACGCAGUUGGAAGCACAAGUUCAGACAGAAGAAGGGCUGAGUAGAAAAAGGACAGUAUCCGAAAAUAGCAACCACAGCAAAUUGAGUCUGAGCAAAUCGGUGAUGAAAAAAAUCAAAGACGCCAAAGCUAAAGUCAAAGUAACGAAAUUAUCCUUCCCGACAAGCAAACUCAGAAAAACAAUUCCCAAAAAGUCUAACUCCCCACCGAAAACACAACCAUUUUCGCAAGAUAAAAAAGUAGCAGCAACGAAAGAAGUCGCACCAGUUUACAUUCACAUUCCUCUCAAGCCACCGCCAGGUGAAACAGACUUAAAUCCAGAAAACAAAGGAGACUCGAAAAAAGUACAAUCGAAAAAGCGGAGCUUCAAAGAUGCCGUUAAAGGUAUCAAACAUUUGUACGAAGACCAGAAAGAUAUAGCAACUAUAAGUGAGGAAACUACUGAGAACACCAGCAAAACCCACUCAGACGAUGAAGAAAACGCUAAGGAUAAUCAACUGAUAACUCAUCAAGAAACAACUAAAGAUGUUCUAGAUCACAGGAACAAUGAGAAAGCAGCCAUAAGAGGUCCACUACAAGAUGAUAUAAGUGACACCCAUAAUAUGAUAGAAAGGACUGAGGAAACACAAGAGGAAAUUGUUGAAACUAAUCUACAAAAAGCACCUGAAGAUGAUCCAGAUCACGGAAAAAAUGAUCCACUAGGUGAUGAUACUAGCAAGACAAAACAGAUUGGAGAUGAUGAUGAAGACCAAGGAGAAAGCAGUAAGCAGUACAUUGAUAUGUUCGAUGAUCUAUUCAAAGCCUCAUCUUCUGUGACCAAAAAGGAACCCGAACCACGUGAUAGAACCAUGCGUUCCAAAUCGGCUGAGCCAGAAAGAAAAAGGAAAAUGUCACUAGAGAGCGCCUAUAGCAGAAAAAGCCUUUCCAAACUAGGUCUGCUCAAGAAACUGAAGAACGCCUCGGACAAAAUCAAGAAGGCUUUUUCGAGACCGAACAUGAAACAAGAGAAAGACGAACCAGCUGAGGUAGUGGCACCGGAGAAACCCAAAGGAAAGAAGAAAGAACAUCCAGUAGUAGCGCCCGUUUACAUAUACAUUCCAUUGAAAGACGAAAAUGCAGACGACGAUAAACCUGACGCGAAGGACACUGAUGAAGUUUCAACUCCGGAAGUUGAUUCACCGACUCCAGGACCAGGUAAAGUGGAAUUGAUCAUACUCACAGCUCCUUCAGACGACGAACUACUAGACUACAACAGUUCAGACGUACCGGAAACACCUAUCUCAGAAAACAAACUAUUCUUCGGCAACAAAAUCACAGAGCUGAAAGAACUAGCAAAAGGAGCGAUCGAUGGACUACCAGCUAAAGAAAAGCAAAAACUGCUCAAAGUUGAUGAGGAAACUACUAGUGAGAAUACUGCCUCAACAAAACCGGAAAUUUUCCUAGAAAACAUUGAUGAUACAACACCAAUAGACGACAAAUUAGCAGAUAACGAUAGUUCCCUAGCUUCUGAAAACAAAUUGGAAGACUUAGCCAGUACUCAAGUGAUCCCAGAAAAAAUGGAAACUGAUUCUUCUAGAGUUGUUCCAGAGGCCAAUAACGAGUCAACCACUUUGGCCUCACAAGAAUCGGAGAAAGAAUCUUCUGCAGUUGCAAUUUCAACACUACAAGGACUAGACCGUAAACCACCUAUUAAAGGGAUAGAACAAGCAGGAAGUGAUACACGUGAAGUGAAUACUUUAGUGGAUGAAGAGGAUGGUUUGAGUGAAACCACUAUAGCAGUUAUGCCCAAAGACUCUUAUGAUCAAAUAGACAUCGAGAUACUUGAAACUCCAGAAGCUGCAAAGACGUUGGAGGCCAAAGAAGAUUCCAGACUCGAAUUGCCAACUCUUUCGAACUUAACUGAAGAAACCAACCAUCCCGAAGAUAAGCCCGAAAGUCCGAAGUUGAAGAAGAAAGUUUCUUUCAGGAAGAAGGCGAAGUUGAUGGGAGACGGCAGCUAUGAAGACGUGGAGGUGCCACAAGGUUCGUUCGAAGGCAGUGAUGCCGGUUGUAUCGCUGCAGGCGAGAGUGAGAUAGAGAAGUUGGCAGUUGAGGCAGUGAGUUCACCUCUUGAAGAGGACGACAACAAGUGGUCUAAAGCAAGCGACCAUGAAUACGAGCCCGUAAACCCACCCCCUGAAGAUUUCGUGAUGAUCCCAUGCUCGACAAUCGUACAAACCGCAACAGAUGACAGUUCUAGCCGUAGGCAAUCGCCAGACCACCAAGAACACCCGGACCACCACGAACCCGCCAGAACUCCGGACCCGGACCCGGAAGCCGAAAGCGAAAAAAAAUCCGGCCUACACAAAUUCCAGUCCGAGUUCAAACGCAAAGCGCAAGACCUCAAGGGCAGAUUCCACGCGAUGAAGAAACCGCACAUCUCUUUACCUGCCAGACCAGUAUUCCACAAGCCGAGCUUCAACAUUGACAGAUCGAAGCUGACCUUACAGCGAGUCAAGAACAAGCUGCCAUCGUUGAAGUCGAAAGUUAAACGACACCAUUCGACCGAAUCCAACGACGGCGAUGCCAAGAAAACGAUUUUCAGCACGUAUCCGAGGAUUUUCAAGCGAAAACCCGCCGGAUACAACUCUGAGAUGAACCCCCCCGAUUUCGCAACAGUACCCAGAAGCCGAGCGAACAAGUUCGGCGAACCCGUACGCAUACCGCUACACCCAGAAGACUCCGUGGAGAGUCGCGAAGAAGACACCUACGUCAGAGGCGAGUCUCUGGAAGAAUUGGGGCCGUCUCGUUUCCAGUACUCCGAGGGUGCAGAAGAAGAAAACGGAGAAGGAGAAAACGAAGAAGAAUUCAGUUCGCUGGGUAGGUGGGACAGGGGCACCUUCACUGCGGAUCGUCCGGAUAACGUUGUUACGGACCUGGAUAUGCCGGAAGAACAGCCGGACGGACAGAGCGAUUACAAAGAUCAUUAUUCUUCGGGUAGCUCCAAUGGGGUGCACCGGCAAGGAGUUUUGGAGGAGAUAGACUCUGACGAGUUUUUCCUGAGGCAGAAAGGUAUCUCCCAAGACAACAUCGAGGUAGGGAUGUACCUCAGCUCAGAGAUAAGGGACGCGUUCCGAACCCCAGUGAAUGCCCUAUCCCAGAUACAGCACCAGGACUACACUCUAAAAGGUUCCACCCAGUCCAUACCUGAAGUUUCCGCGAAGCGCAAGCCUAUAAAGAAGCCCAAACGGAAGAAAACCCCCCACGUUUCCCAAGAGCGGAUAGAAAAUUACGAAGAAGAAUCCGCGGAAGAUGGCGACGAGGGUGCCAUCCCUCCCAGACCGAAACGGAACAGCAGACGCUCCAGGAAACAGAAGCCGUCCCAAGAGGAUCUCAUCCCCUACCAAGAGACCAUCGCCAUGGAACCCCACGACAGGAUUUUCGAGCACAGAGAGAGUCUGGCGGUUUUGGGAGAUGACGAGAGAGAUGAAGAGGGGAACGUAUACGAAAAUGGAGGGGUAGUGGGGAGGGAAAACCCAGAGAUAAACGUCACGGAUUACUUGGAUGAGGAGCAAGGGCCAUUAGUGCCACCCAGGAAACAAAAGAGCCUGAAGAGUUUGAACUUUUCGGAGAACGAUUCGAUACUGGGACUGGCUUAUUCGGAAGAUGUCAUUCCAACGUUAGAGGCUAUCAGAACCGAAUCAAAAAUAAUAAUCCCCAUACCAACAGAGGUGCCAGAGAGACCAAGAAGGAGUAGAAGCAGGUCACAGAUAAACUCACAGUACCACAAAGAAGUUCAGGAUGAUAACGAAGAUGCAUUCCUGAAAAGCGCAGACGACAAAAUUCCGUAUGCUGACGAACCCGAACCAACAUUCACUAAAGUAACAAACGAUUACCGCAAUUACUUUAACGACCCCGAAACACAAUUUACAAGAAAUUAUCCUACAAUUCAAAAAAGCGAAGUCAACCUCGAGAAAGUUAUAGAACCUUCAUUCGUGGAAAACGACUCGGAGCAUCGGGAGCCCUGCGUAGAAGAGAUCUGCAAGAAAGACAUCAGAGACAGCAUGGGAUACGCGAUCAUAGACAAAACCAAAGCGAGGGAUCCUCCAUUACCGCCGCCAAGAAUACCCAAACGCCGCAAAAAACCUAUCAACAACAAGUUUGCUACCGUACAGAGCACCAAUUCCAAAGAUAAAUCACCCAUAAGGCCGCUAAGGAACUACAGCACACUAGGCCAAAUGAGGAAACCGAGCCCAUACGCCGACGAGAACGAAGAAAAUAUCGACAUCACCCAGUACCUGGAGGUAGACGACGCUGCCAAGAAACUGCAGUCGGGUGACGUCAUCCAAAAAAUGAAAGACAGGCCACUUCCACCGCCCCCUAGACCUCCGAGAAAAACGCGACCGCUACACGACGUCGCAUCCGAGGAAAACAUCAUGGUCAGACACAACAACUUGGAAGCCGAAGUCUCCACACAAACUGAACCGCUGCCGGACGAUUUCGUUUGCGAAGAAAUGGUGGAAGAACCCACGGAUACCGUUAUAAUUCCGACAGAAAGUCGCAAAAAACAAGCUAGACCGCUACCAGAAGGAAUAGUAUGCGAAGAAGUAGUGGAAGAUGCAACAGAUCCCGUUGCUUCGAUGGGAAGACGUAAAAGAGAAGUUGAACCGUCAUCAGAUGAUUUCGUUUGCGAGGAAAUGGUGGAAGAACCCACGAAUGCCGUUAUAAUUCCGACAGAAAGACGCAAGAAACAAGCUAGAUCGUUACCGGACAAAAUUGUGUGCGCAGAAGUGAUAGAUGAACCUGCAGAAACCAAUGCUUUGAGAAGAGGAUUAGAGGCGUCAACAGAUUUUUCCUGUGAAGAAAUAAUAGAAGAACCCACUAAUACCGUUAUAAUUCCGACAGAAAGACGCAAGAAACAAGCUAGACCGCUACCGGAGGAAAUAGUAUGCGUAGAAGUGGUAGAAGAACCAACAGAACGUGUUACUUCGAUAGGAAGACGCAAACGAGAAGCCCUGUCACCAUCGGACGAUUUAUUUUGUGAAGAAAUCAUGGAAAAACCCACUGACACAGUUAUAUUUCCGACAGAAAGACGAAAAAAACAAGCUAAACCGCUACCAGACGAUCUUGUUUCCGUGAAACCGCUAAUAAAAGAACUAACUGAAGAACCCAAAGAAGCAGAACGGAGUAAAAGAGAAAUCCAUUUGAUAACACCGACCGUCUACACCUACGAAGAAACCAUCACGCACGGUAGUUUACUAGUGGAACCGCUAGACAGCUCAAAUAUAUUGCCGAACCAGAAAGAAAGGCGAAUCCCAGUUCACGUUGAUUCGAACGACGAAGAAACAUCUUCGAUACCCGAGGAAUUUAACAAACUGUCAGCGCCUAUCGAAGAAUCAAUUACCAGUAAAGAAACUAUCGAACAUGAUGUUCCUAAACCGCAAUCGCUCCAACUGAGGAAUCUAGACAUUGACACUUUGACGGUUAAUAGAUUGAUGGCGGACAAAAUAGUCGUUUCAGAAUUAGAUGCCGGAUCAGUAAGAACAAACGAAAUUUCAUCGGAUUCCGGAAACGUCCAAGUCACUGGAUUGAAUUUACCACCCGAAUUGAUAAAGGAAGUGAUGAAGACAAUAAAGUCCGAUCAAGCCAAGAGUGAUGACACCACAAACGUCCAGUCCGAUCAAGCUAAGGGUACUGACACCACGAACGUAGAGUCCAAUCAAACCAAGGUUAAUAACACCACAAACGUCCAGUCUGUCUGUGAAAACAAUGAAGAGUUAGCCCGUUCAGAAGCUGAACCAAUUCAUCCUGUUGAAGACGUAAAUGACGAAAAUUCACAGGGCCCAAAUAUUUAUAUACCAGUCGAUAUCGAAAGUAGCAUCAUUGAAAACGAAAACAAUGUCCACUGGAUGAGUUCUCUAUCAGAAUCCUGUGGAGUUGGAAGGGUCAAUGAGGCUUUUGCCAGUGAAGAAGAGCCAGUGCCAGUAGCGGUAGACAUCACGGAUGUGAAAAACGAAAACUCCGAAAUGAAGGACGAGGCGAAGAUCCCUCCACGUCCACCACGACAGUCAGAGAAAAACAGAGGCGUGCAACAGCGCGAGGAACCGGAAGUAGACGACAAUCCCCCGCCGAGACCACCUCAUCCCCAGUUCGCUUACGUACCCUCCCAGCCCCCAGCGAGUUUCUAUGCUCUGAAAGCCGAGAGGUACCUGGAAAGCGUCAGCGACGUUCCCACGGUGCCAAGAAGGAAACGUCACACGAAGUCUAAGCAUCUGUCCAGAUCAAGUUCGGACGAAUCCUCAGCCGCGGCUUUGCCACGGAGAAGGAGUCACAGGAGGUCUAGCAGCCCUUCGCUCGGCGAGCUGUCUUCGACUUUGCUUAGGGUGUGCGGUGGCGAAAUCAACGGUGCCUUGAAGAGACUGGUGACGUACGUGCUUAGCAACGUGCCGCGAAACGAUGAAGGCAAGCAAGACAUGAGCGCUAUGAUAAUGAUCGUGUUAGUGUUGAUCGCGGGACUUAUUUUGUUGGGUUAUGGGGAAGAAAAGACUGUCGUCCAUUUGCACCAUUGGGAUUAUUUUAAUCCUCCGACGGAUAUGUAA